ACGUGCAAAUCUGCAAGGCAAGUUCGUCGCGUGUGAUAAACGAGCCAAACCAUGCGAUAUCAACUGGGGUGGUUUUUUCUGCUGUCCUGUGCACUCAGCACGACGUGUCAAACGAUCGGCGUGAACCGUUUGGUGUGUGGAAGGCGUAAGUUUAGAUCCGUUUAUCUCAUCCAUAAUGGGAUCGAUGCAAGAGUCGGACACUGGCCAUGGCAUGCGACCAUCUUUCAACGGAAGGACAGGGAAGAGGAUUACAGCUGUGGAGCAACGAUUCUGGACGAGGACACGAUCCUGACAUCUGCCCACUGUGUCUACGUCGCGAAUAAAUUGAUCCCGGUGAACCAAAUCUCCGUGCACGUGGGAAGUAUUCGGCUGUCAGAUCCAGGCGAUUACGAGCAGAUCCACAAGGUGCGUGAAGUAAUAGUAUACCCUGGCUUCAAAGCAAGAAGAUUUGUGCACGACAUCGCACUGCUCAAGCUCUCGACGAACAUUACGAUGACAAAGUUCGUUCAACCCGUUUGCCUGUGGACGAUGGACAGCAAUCAGGAGCUGAUCGUGGGUAGGAACGGUACCGUGCUCGGGUUCGGGCUGACAGAGCAGGACAAGGUGUCGGAGCAACUUAGGCAGGCAACGGUUGGCGUGGUGGAUACGUUGACCUGCAUCGCUAACGAUCGGGCAGCAUUCGGCACACAGCUUACGCCGGAGAUGUUCUGCGCUGGCGGGCAGGAGGGCGUGAGCGCCUGCAAUGGUGACAGUGGGGGAGGUUUGUUUUUAGAAAUUGAAGGCAAAUGGUUCGUACGGGGGAUAGUGUCGUUCAUUCCAACGCACAGAAAGACCGGUCUGUGUGACACCUCCAAGUUUACCGCCUUUACCGAUGUGGCCAAGUACAUGGGAUGGAUCGAGCAGUACAUCAAUCAGAACGUGCUGGUCUUCGACACGGACGACUAUGACGUGGACUUUGAGGAGAAGCUUCCGCUGGUUGAUUUGGACAGGUGUGGCGUUAGUUCGACGACGUUUUUGGUUGAUAAACUGCGCUGGACCACACCGUGGCUGGGGAAUGCCGUUGUGUAUCCCACGUUCUAUGCGAAGUGUCCCGUUACGCUUAUUAGUGAAUGGUACGCCAUUGGUAUAGCAAAAUGCUUCGAGAACGUUGACAGCGAGCUUCGUAUUCGAAUAGGCGACUAUAAGGAUCAGAAAAAUAGCACGUGCUUCGAUCGGAACGGAACGAUGGUGUGUUCCACGCCAUCGCAAACACUACAAAUCCAUCGGAUAAUCAUCCACCCCCAAUACAAUAGGAAACAGUUCACGGACAACAUAGCACUGAUCGAGCUGCUAACACCGGUAGACACUACACAGCCGAACGCGCGACCCAUCUGUCUGCCAAUCGUAAAGGAACUCUACACGAACAAAACCACCGACAUUUCCGUAAUCAGCUUUUCGUCCAGCAAUCAAUCGAUCGAAGGAAAAGCCAUGCACUACGUGAAUGAAUCGUACUGUCAGGCGGCUUACUCAGGAAAGGGACUUACACUGAGCUUGAAAGAGAAGCGCAUCUGUGGAGUACUAUCGGCCGAAGAUCGGACGGACUGUGUCCCGAUCAAGGCGGGUAUGGCGUUGCAGGAACAGGUUAGCUACGGUGGAAGCGAACGAUACGUUCUUCGUGGACUUGAUGGGUUCGGUCUUACCUGCGAGAUUGGAUCAGUUCCGAUCGCGUACAUUAAUUUGUAUGCCUAUCUCGAUUGGAUACUGUACAACAUGAGGGACAACGAGCUGGACGAGUCGGCCGCAGAAUACACCAUAGAGGCAAAGUGGAAGAGACUGCAGCAGCAGGAGGGUAAGGAGAAGCUGCGCAUUUUUGAUAUGGACUCUUGUGGUGAGAGCGUAAGCGAGCAAGGAAAUUCGCAGUUGUAUACCUAUAUGCCUUGGAUUGGGUCGCUCGAUAGAGUUGAAGAUCGAGCGGCACCGCGCUUAGAAAGCAAGGUAGUGCUCAUCAGCUCAUGGUACGCGUUGGCUCCGGCACAUGUUUUCAACAGCAGCGUAUCCUGGCGCUCGAUUACUUUAGGUUAUUAUGAACGGAUCUUAGAGUUCCAGUGUUUAUUCUGGAAAUGCGAUCCUCCUUAUCAGCAUAUCGAAAUCAAACAGGUUAUCAUACAUCCAGACUACAAUGGGGAUUUGAAUGUGAAUAACAUCGCGUUGAUUGAGCUGUGGGAGCCCGCCAACUUGACCAAACCAUUCAUCAGUCCCAUCUGUUUGCCGUUCAUGCAAGAGUUCCAAACCAGCACCCCGUUAGAGAUGACACUUUCUACCAGCAUAACGGACACGCGGAGGGUUGUCCGACUGAGUGCAUUAAACUGCCAGGCACGGCUCAUCCAUCGAAGACACUUUUUCUUCAACCAGGAAAUUCCAGCGUGCGCCGAUGAGUACGAGAGUGGCGUCGAACGGUUUGUAGCUCAUCCAGGCGCUGCACUGCAAGCGACUUUAUUUUUCGCAUAUAAAAAACGACAUUUUCUUAACGGUAUAAGCUACCUGCUGGAGACUACAGACGCAGGAAAUGAAAAGCUACCGUACCUAUUCACUGAUACUACCCUGCAUCUGGACUGGAUAUUGGAGAACAUGAAUACCACCCACGAUCGUAAAGUCACAGUGAACGAUGGGAAAUCCGUCCCCAGCCGAAAAAUUCGUUUACCACUUCGAACGGCGCUGUCCAAGGCAACACUUUUGAAUUUUAACACUUGCGGCAUAUAUUCGAACGAUUCUUCGGAGAGCUUUACGCAUGAACCAUGGAUAGGUUUCAUCGAAGCGUGGGACUCCGAAUCGAAGUCUUACCAGUACACAAAAUGCGCCGUAACACUGAUCAGUGACUCGUAUGCUGUGGGUCCGGCUCGUUGUUUAAACCAUGAAGUUGAGAAGUCAUUUGUGCAGCUCGGUGGCUACAACAAGUACGAUGAGUGUAAUGAUGAGAAUUGUAGAUUGCAGAGGAUUCCGAUCGAGAGGAUCAUUCCCCAUCCGAACGACAAUCCCGCCAAUCUGAACAACCAUAUUGCGCUGGUGCAGCUUGCCAAUCCAGCCGACGUUUCGAAAGAUAACGUAAGGCCCAUCUGCUUACCAGUUCAAGACGAGAUACGCAGUUACGACGUAUCGAGCAUGGCCUUGGGUGCUAUCGAUUCGUCCUCAAAGUUCUACGUUACAAAGACCGUUGAUGAUCGGUACAUCGAGUCGACAGAGUGUCAAAGGCGGUGGGAUGGGUUGUCGGUGAAUUUAGCCGUAACACAAACGAAACUGUGUACUCUGCUGCCGGAAGGACUCGAUUGUUACGGCAUAAAACUAGGCUUCCCGCUUCAUACGACACACGAAUUGUUGGGGAGGGAACGACGCUUUCUACGCGGCAUCAAGACAAAUCAACCGGAUGGAUGUAGCGAGUACUAUCCCAUCGUCUAUACUGACGUUGAUUUUUAUCUGGACUGGAUAUUGGAGAACAUGAAUGCGACCGAAACUCCACAGGCUUUAUAAUACGAUUUAAAGGAAAAACUUAUAUUUGCAUCGUAAGGUUUGAUUUGGUUUGGCAUGUAGAUAUUUUCUGAUGUAUCAACGAUCUUGUGUACUAUCUCUUUCGUUUUUCUGUAAUUAAAUAAAUCAAAUGUGUAGACUAGUGCUAAACAUAACUUGAUUCAGUUUGCAGCUACUUAAAGUUCUCGGUGGCCCAAUUUGUGUGGGCCAAGAUCAAGAUCAAGGUCACACUGAACUGGUUCGACCGGUACAACGACCAGACGUCGUAAAUUUAUGCGCAGCUUUAGUUUGAUUGUUUUGCUUGGAUCUUUAAAUAGAUUUAGAUCGUUACGUUGUAGCGGUAAAUAAAGCCGGUAUUUGGGUUUUUUAUAGAAAUUUUGGAAAUACUCAGCACUGUAAGCGGGGGAACCUGUUCCGGUUGAUGCUA